CGUAAAGAGGUGCUUAAUGGCAUGCUUGGCGCUAAUUUAAUUGGAUUUCAGACGUAUUCAUAUGCUCGUCAUUUUACCAGCAACUGUACGCGGAUUUUAGGAUACGAGUCUACUUCUAAUGGUGGUGUAAGUGCCCAAGGAUUAGUUGUCGCGGUUGGUACAUUCCCAAUUGGAAUCGAUACUCAGAGAGUAGAAUCGCGGAGGAAACUUCCUGGGGUACAAUCAAAGAUGGCAGUGAUUAAAGAAAUGUACGCUGGAAAGAAAAUUAUCGUUGGAAGGGACAAAUUAGACUUGGUCAAAGGUGUUCUACAGAAACUGCAUGCGUUUGAACAGUUUCUCAAGGAUUUCCCGGAAUGGCGUAAUAAGGUUGUUCUCAUUCAAGUCACUUCUCCCGCUCUUAGCGAGUCUCCAAAGCUGGAAGUCAAAGUAUCCGAGCUAAUUGCACGUAUCAACGGCACAUAUGGAUCUCUCGAGUUUACACCUGUACAUCAUUAUCACAACGACAUUGAUCAGGAUGAAUAUUACUCGUUAUUGAGUGUUGCUGAUAUUGGGUUAAUCACGUCAGUACGCGAUGGAAUGAAUACAACAUCGCUGGAAUAUAUCGUGUGUCAAAAGGAUAACCAUGGACCGCUGAUUCUGAGUGAAUUUACUGGAACAGCCGGCUCUCUCUGUGCAGCCAUGAUGGUUAAUCCAUGGGACUAUAAGGGGGUUGCACGAGCUAUUUACGACGCAUUGAAUCUGUCUAGGGAAGAGAAACGAAUCAAACAUAUGUUGUUGUAUGAUCUUGUCUCAUCAUACACGGCCGAGUUCUGGGCCCAGUCUUUCGUUAAAGAACUUCUUGCAACUUCUCAUUCGACAGAACGAUCCAGUCCCACGCCAUAUCUCAAUUCUGAUCUCCUAUCUGACAAGUACAACUCGUCAAAUAAACGGUUACUGCUCUUUGACUACGACGGCACCUUGACACCCAUUGUCAGGAUACCAAGCGCUGCCUUACCGCCGCCCCAUAUGUUAACAGCAUUGGAGAAGUUAACAUCGGAUCCAAAGAAUGACGUCUGGAUAAUUUCAGGACGAGAUCAGAAAGCAUUGGAAGAAUGGUUGGGACAUGUACCAAGGCUUGGGCUUAGCGCUGAACAUGGCAGUUUCCUCAAGCAUCCUGAAACCAAUAAAUGGAUCAAUCUCACCGAAGACAUGGACAUGAGCUGGAUGACUGAUGUUAACGAAAUAUUUACAUAUUACAAAGAAAGAACUCAAGGAUCAUCCAUUGAGAAUAAACUAUGCUCGGUUACAUGGCACUAUCGCAAUGCAGAUCCAGACUACGGCGCAUUCCAAGCCAAAGAAUUGCAAAAUCAUUUAGAAGGCGUUAUACUCACGAAAUUUCCGGUAGAAAUUCUUCUUGGCAAGAAGAAUCUGGAAGUAAGACCAACACAGGUUAACAAGGGAGAAAUAGUGAAGCGUCUCAUUUCAAACACUCCUGGCGUCGAUUUCAUCUUUUGUGCGGGAGAUGACAGGACAGAUGAAGAUAUGUUCAGAGCAGUUAGGAAAACUGACGUACCUGAAGAAUCUA